AAUAAGUCUGUCUUUUACUAUUAGGAGAAAAAUGUGAGGUCAAGUUGAUCUUGUUUGUUUGAAAUUUCUAAUCAUCCUUGUCGCGGCGGGCAAAGGGCAGUGAUAAAACCAGGGGAUAAAACUAUAGCGGUUGCGAAUCUUAGAGCGACACUAAAUUUAAUGACGUGGAGAGACAGACCAUGGCACGUUUCAUUUUCAUGCUUGUUUUGAUCGUCGUCGCCGCCCUGGCCAACGAACCUUCGACCAAGGUUGAAGAGCAUAACGAGAAGCAGAUACAAUGUUCCAACGCUAUCAACGACCGACUGGACCAACUAGCCAAAAUUGUCAACGAGACCAACGAUCAGGUUGUGGAGUUGCGGAAGCUGGUGGAGCAGCAUUUCAAAUCAUCCAAUGCGACCGACAAACCUGGCCAACAAGACUUAACAGUCAACCAGACUCAAGAUCAGAACAUAAAGAAGGAUUAAUAAAAUGGCUUGCAAAUUUUCAGUUGAAUGACAGAUGCAAUAAAAUUGUACGAACUCAAAACUUGACGACAUUGCCAAACGGGAAGAAGUAUUUCUUUUCAUACCCAACGCAUCUGUAUGAAGCAAAUUGGACACAGGCUAACGAGAUAUGCACUCGUCAAAUGGGGAUGAAUUUGGCCACGAUUAAGGACCAGGCUGAUUUUGAUGCUAUUUGGAAUGAGGCGAAAACAAUUCAGAAUAAUGGUUGGUGGUUAUCAGCAAGAAAAUAUACCAAAGGUGAUGGACAUACUGACUUUUACUGGCAUGAUCAAACCUUACUAGCAGAAAGUAACCAUGGAGCGUGGAGACUCAUCCAACCUGGUGGAGAGUGUGUCUAUAUUUACACUCCUGCCGGCGUUAAAAAAUUUUCUGCCACUGUCUGCAAUACCGUAUGGUAUUUUGUAUGUGAACUGCCUGCUGAUUGUUAUUGACGAGACAAUGUUACUAAAUUUUAAAAUUAUUAGAGAUAUCAAAUUUCAUGUUCAAAUAAUUAAAAAUUACAUCUCAAUGACAUGUGAAUCUAAUAGCUGAGUUAAAAAAAAAUAUGUAUAAUAAAUCAAUUUGAUAUACCC